GACAGACGUAUAUUUUCGCGCCAGAAUUUUAGAAACAUGAACUUUUAAUAUUGAGGUUACAGUUUUUAAACGGUUAGCAAAAACAUGAUUGAGUUAUCUGAAAAUAAAGAGAAUAGUUCACCACAAGUACAAAGAGCACCGCCAAACAUGAUAAAUAGUCCCACAAAAUCUCAGCCGUCCAUUCUAUUCCAAGAUAUACCUAAAAUAAAUUACAAUAAGAACGAUUUAUCAAUGCUAAAUGAUCAACAGGAAUCUGAAAUAUCAAAAAUAAAUAUUUCGUCUAAAACUAUAGAUUUUAGUGAUGAAACAUUAGAAUCUUCAAAAUUAAAACAAUCAUCGAAUGAAGAAUCAGAUAUCUCAGAGUUAUCAGAAAAUGAAUUGGAAAACUUAGUAUUCAAAAAUAAAAUAAAAAUUAAAGCUUCGGGUUUAUUUAGUAAAGCGAAACAAACAAACACAACUGAGGAUAACUCUAAUUUCAAUACACCCAAAAAGAAGAAAUCGUCUAAUGUGAAUAUAAACCAAUCAAAACAAGAAAACGAUUCAGAUUUAGAUUCAAGUAGAAGCUUUUCUAAUUCCCCUAUUUGUGAAGCUUUGAAAUUAAGACAAAAAAACAUUGAGGAAAGGGACGCUUUCUUGGCAUCAUUCCUUAAUGAUCCAGAGUUUGCUGAAGCUGCAGAAAAUAUUGGAUUAUUUAAACAGACACAAGAAAAAACAUAUUUAACUAAAAAACGUAAAACAAAGAGAAGACACACUGAUCAAAAUUUUCGAUUCAAGGGACAUGUUCCUGUAGAACAGAGGAAAUCCUUAAGAUUGCAGGACAAACAACCAAUAUUCACAUACAGUGAUCUUGUAGAUGAAGGUGGAUGUUCAUAUAGAAAAAAAAGAAGGAUGACAAAUUCAUCUGAUGAUGAUUAUGAGUAUACAGACCUUGAAAGAGUUAUACAUAAACCGAGAAAUAAAAAUAACCAAAGGUCAAAAGUUACGGAAAGAACAACAUUUUUGAAUGUAGAAGAUGUAACUGAGAGUAUGAUUAAAAAUAUAGCUUGGAAAGUAUCUCAAAAACAGUAUUCAACGAACGGUACUAGUUGCCAUCAGUGCCGACAAAAAACAACAGAUACAAAGACAUUUUGCAGAGAUAAGUUUUGUGUAGGUGUUCGAGGACAGUUUUGUGGUGUUUGCUUAGAAAAUAGGUAUGGUGAAAAUGCUGCUAUAGCUUUGAGAGAUCCAAAUUGGCGGUGCCCCGUUUGCCGUCAAAUUUGUAACUGUUCUUUCUGCAGAAGCAAGGCUGGUAAAAGACCAACGGGAAUUCUAGCUCCUAUUGCUCAAAGAACUGGCCACAAAUCAGUUAAGGAUUUUUUGGAUAGCCUUCGGGGCGAAGGGGAUUACUCUGAUGAGGCGAAAGAUCCCAAUAAAUUGUUAGGUUUUUCUAACAAUUUGGAAUAUGCUCAAAUGGGUAUGGAGAUCAAAUAUUUUCUUGGACCCUCAACUGAUGUAGAAAAAUUCAAAAGUGUAAUUGAUUUACUUGAAAAAAAACUAAUUUUGAAUUAAACUUUUUUGUAAACUUUUAAUUUGGGCAUAGUAAGAUAGUUAAGAGAUAAUAAAUUUUAUAAAAAG